AUGAAUGAGAUGGUCAACAAGUGUUACUCGUGUGAAUUUCACCGCCAGGACUGCACUUUUACCCUGACCGGCGAGAACCCUACGAAGAAGAGAAAACUCGACGCGGCGGAGCAUGCGGACCCCGUUAAACGUCCCACCCCAUCUUCUAUUUCCAAGGAGGCUCCUCGCCUGCACCAGGGCGCAAUGAUCCGCCCGGGCUUCUUCAAUCAGUCCACUCAGCACAUUGGCAUGACCACCGAAUUGGAACCUGCCUUGCUGGAUCAUCUGCCGCUGGACGAGUACGAUGAAUUCACGGUCCAUUCCUCCCGGAUUCGGAGGUGUGCGGACGACGGGACCUUCAUGAGAGUCGUCAACACUGUUCCCAUCGGUGACUCGCAGGUCGUGUCACUAGACGCCAUUGAGAGCCUGGUUGCUCCCUACGGGGCCACGCUGAUCGAGAAAUUCUUUGAGCACGUGCACCCCUCCUUCCCCAUCCUGAUGGAAGAUGCCUUCCGCCAAUCAUAUCGUGAUCGUCGCCAGUUGUCGCCACUGCUCUUGGCGGCCGUGUACGUGCUGACCUUGAAGUUCGUGGAUGUGGGUGCGGCGACACAGACAGCGCGGAAGCCCGAUGCGGCCCGGCUGGAAAGCGCGGCGUUGAAAUUGCUGCUGGAUUCUCUACCGUUCCCGAGUAUCUCGACGAUUCAGGCUGGGUUAUUGUUGACGCAGAAGUCAACUUUGGCCACGGCGUCACUGAAUGGUCAGUUGGUGACCGCAAGCUUCGAGCUUGGGUUGCACCAGGAUUGCUCUAAUUGGCGGAUGAAGACCUGGGAGAAAGGCCUCCGGAAGCGACUUGCAUGGGCCUUGUAUAUGCAGGAUAAGUGGUCCUCGCUUGUCCAUGGCCGCCCCUCGCAGAUCUUUGCUUUUAAUUGGACCGUCAAGGAUCUCGUGGAGCAGGACUUUUCCGAUGCGUUCUUGCACGGUACCGACUCUGCACACGAUGAGGCGGCUGUCGGACAUGGACCUCUCUUGUUCUGUCACAUGGUCGCUCUUACGACCAUCUUGUCGGAUAUCCUGGAUCGAUUCUACACCCUCCAGGCCGUGGAGGAUUUCCGAGCUGCGGGAAAUCAGCGCACGCGGAUCAUUCUGGAGAAGGCUAAGCCGGCUCAAAUUCGCUUAAAAGAAUGGUUCUCCUCCUUGCCGGCAUCCCUCAAGAUGGAGUCCUCAAGCGGUGAGCUCGUGGAGACUAUCACCGACGAACAUGCCCGCAAUGGCGCUCUUCAUCUUGCAUACUUUGCUACCGAGAUCACCCUCCACCGCUGCAUCGUUCGUUCCAUAGCAGACAACGGCACCGAUCCCUACCUCGCUCACAUCUGUCGCUCCGCUGCCAAGACCCGUCUCAUCUCGGCCAUGGACUUUGUGAACCGUCUGCGACCAGCACACCUGCGAUCCUUCUGGCCCGCUUCCGCACGUACGAACUUCUCACUGAUCGGGUCCUUUGGUAUGUUACUUCGUAUCACUGCACCGGCCAUGGAAGAGGCGGAAUUCUACCGUCUCCGUCUCUGUGAGUACCGCUGGACUCUCAGUGUCAGUCACAAGAAUGCUGAGUUCAUGAGCUUCGCACUCGAGAGCCUCGACAACCAGACGAUGCUGGACAAGCACGUCCCGGACAAGCCCGGCAUCGACGAGCUCAUGGCAUCCUCGGCGAAGCAGCCCGCUCGUCAGAACCAUAUGUCGGCCUACGAUGACGCUCUUGCCGAUACCGAUAUGCAAGCCACAGGGCCUUCGUCCUCGGUCAUUUCGGGUCUGGCAUCUCCAGCUACAUCGGUCAGCGAAAUCGACGAGCAGGACACCUCUAUGCAACCCCUUUAA